AUGCAAAUCGUUAUUAUCAUCGCUUCAAUCGUUGCAAUUGUAAACUGCGGAGAACAUAUUCUGAGACUUCAAGAUGACGUCCAUGCAGGCACCACAUUGAUUGGGGUUGAACUGGGAACAAGUGUCGUUAUUCGAUGCGAGCAUCCCAAUAAAAAGAUUGAUUCAAUUCGAUGGCUGCAUGGCGGAAUGCCUAUCGAUCCGACGUAUGUGAAAAUGAACAAAGAAGCUUCAUUCGUAGAAAUUACAAAUUAUGUUCCAGAAAAUCACGAUGGGGUAUAUGAGUGCUCUGCUCCAGGAAUGUCAGCUUCCUAUCGUUUAAAGGGUGAAAAGAAUCAUGUGCUUCCUGAAGGUUUCCGUUAUUGCUACGGCGAAGAGCUUGCCAACUGCGACCAUGCCGAAGUUUGUCAUGUCGAGAUCUCAUCAAAUAUCACGAGCUGUGUCUGCGAGCAAGGAUGGAUGGGAGCUUCAUGCAACGUCCUAGAUUCGGUCAGAACACAUUCUGUGGUAACUCAACCGGUCUGCGCUUACUGGCCACCAUUUGUGACUUUUCUCAUAUUCAUUUCCGUCGUGGUGUUACUUGCGUACUGUUUGUAUAAAUUCAAAGUGCGCAAUCCCAACCGAUACUCGAAAAACAUUUCGAGGCCUCCAUUGGUUUCAAGUGAUUACAAGCCAGUUGGAAAAACGCCGAUCGUGGAAAAUAACGGAUUGGAUCUGGUUUAA